AUGCUCAAACGAAUCCGAGUUGAUUCCAGCUCUAUUAUACUGCAGGCUAUUUGGCUAUCGACCAAGGCUGUAAAUACUUCACAUGUAGAAUCACAAUCACGUUUUUCGCCUUACCUUUCUGUACAUCCGCUCAUUUCUUUCAUUUUCUUCUCGUUUUCUCUUUCGUUCUUAGAUUUUAACAACGUCUUAAAUCUUUUCUCACUUUGUUCCUAUCUAUCUAUCUAUCUAUCUAUCUAUCUAUCUAUCUAUCUAUCUACUUCGGCAAUUCUAAGGAUGAAAAAUCGAUCAUUUUACACAACAAAUACUUCUCAAAAUAUCUAUCUAUCUAUCUAUCUAUCUAUCUAUCUAUCUAUCUAUCUAUCUAUCUAUCUAUCUAUUACACAUGCAGUUUCUUUCGAUGUGUUUCGUUAUCACAAACUUUAUAUCUAUCUAUCUAUCUAUCUAUCUAUCUAUCUAUCUAUCUAUCUAUCUAUCUAUCUAAACACACAAAGCUGUCAGGAAAUACCCGACCUGAACGUUUUAACCUGUGAUUGCUUCUCGCUCUUUCUCGUUGUGGCCUGUUUUUUUUUUUCUCAUUUUGUUACGCCUUUGCUCGUUCUGUCCUGUUUUUUUCCUUGUACUUUCUCCCUUUUUUUUCUUGUUUUCUUUCCUUUCUCACGUGAUGUUUCGCUUUCCCUUAUCCUGUCAUAUUUUUUUCUCUCGUUUUAUUCAACCGUCUCUCGUUUUGUCUCGAAUUUUUCUCUCUUCUUUUUUUUUGACUUUCUUUUAUUCAUUUUCUCUGCUUCCUUUUCUCUCCUUCUGUUUUCCUGUCUUUUUUCUUUACCAGUUCGUAUUGCUGUCUUUAUUGCAGAACCUCUACCAUUACCGCCUACCUCCUCUUUUGAUUAA